AUGCCUUUACCCAUUAACUUUUCUGUUAUGGGAGUUCCCAGAUAUGUUAAAAUCAUUCUUUUAUUAUUUGUUCUCGUUUUGGUAGGACACCUUAUUUGGGUGUUGGAAGAUCGUCCUUCCCUUAAGGAUCUGGUUUACUCCAAGCUUCCAUUCGGUAAGGCUGAACCAAGUUAUGUCUAUGAGACAGUUACAUCUUUUGCCACCAAGACUGAAACAGCUAUAAAAACUACUGUUCAGACAGUCAAUCAUGUGACCACCAAAACUGUUGAUGCCACAUUUGAUGCACAAUUCACAGGUCUUUCAAGGGCUCAACUUGAAGCUAUCCGUGAAAUAAAGGCUGAUGCUACACACAACUUGAUCAGUGUCACGAAAGACGACAAGUCAGAAACCAACCUCCUUGCACGUUUAUCUGAAUACAUGGAUAAAAAAUAUGGAACCAAAUUUGAUGAUUCCCAUCCACUCAAGGGGGUACCCUUGAAACUUGUUAAAGAGAAGAUCGUGGCCGAUUUCAUUAAGAGUAAUGUGUUAAACAUAGAUGAGCUGUUGGUAGACCAUUUAGAGGAUCGUCAAACCUUUUAUAAAUGGAUUGUCACAGAUUUACUUCUUCCCUUCAAGCCUGAUAUCAAUGCCUUUGAAGGUGAUGAAACAGGAUAUGCAUUGGAUGGUAAAGGAAAAUAUGAAAAGGUUGAAAGCCCCAAAUUUUCCAAAAACUUUUUAGACAUCGUCAAGCCAUCAAAGGAAAAAAUUGAUAACUUGAAGAAACAUCAUAAAAAUUUGAUUGCGAAAUUGAAGAGAGUACAAUUACCUCCCAAACUGUUAUUUAGAGGUUCUGGGAUUGUGAUUCCUUCUUCUGGAGUAAUUUUACCAGGUGCUUUGGUUGCCAUUGGUCAAAUCAGAGAACUUGGAUCCAAACUUCCUAUUGAAGUCAUUCUUAAUAACGAAGGGGAGUAUAAUAAACACAUUUGUGAAGAUCUCCUUCCAUUAUUAAAUGCUGAGUGUGUUGUUCUUGAAAGAGAAAUUGGUAAGAAACUUUUAGAUAGUUUGAAUUUGAAAAAGUUCCAAUUGAAGGCUAUCACUUUACUUGUUUCCAAAUUCGACCACACAUUGUGGUUAGAUGCCGAUAAUGCUCCAUUAAAGAACGUUGAUGACUAUUUUGAUUCUGAUGUUUAUCGAGAUACAAAAUUUGUGUUAUGGCCAGAUCUUAUGAAAUCUUCUAUUUCCCCCAUAUACUACGAUAUUGCAGACAUUGAAAUCGGUGAAAGAAUCCACAGAGAAGGCUUAAAAAAUGGAGAAAGUUUGGAGGAAUAUUCAAAAUUGUCAAAUGAUGAAGUUGCUUUCUAUGAUUUAGAAGGCACUGUUCAAGGAUUAUCAGUUGAGAGUGGUCAAAUGAUGUUCUCUAAGGUUGAACAUUUCCGUUCUAUUGUCUUAGCAUUAUACUACAAUGUAUUCGGAGAUGGGUUAUACUACAAGCUUCUUUAUCAAGGAGCUUGGGGUUGGGGUGACAGAGAUACAUUCCAUACCGCGUUAUUAGCCAUGAAGGAAACAUUUUUUUUCUCUGAGUUUAUGGCAUGGCAUCUUGGAUGGAUGGCAGGUGAUGAACUUAAAGACACGACCGUUGUACAACAUGAUCCUAUUCAAUCAUAUCUGUUUAUGAAGAAAUGGAGACAAUGGUUAAGGAAGAAGGGAUUGGAUUCAAGAAUGAAAAUGUCCCAAAAUAAUGAUUAUACCAAAAAAUUGAAAGAAGAUUUCAUGAAAGAUCAUCCCGACUUGAAGAUCCCAGAUGUUGCAUUCCUUCAUAUUCAUAACCCCAAGAUCAAUCCUCUUAAGAACACUCUUCUUAAAGAUGGUGUUUAUGAUAAUCGGAUUUUAGGUUUACCCGACGCAUACAAGGAUUAUUUGGGAGAAACAGAUUGGGAAUUAAGAUUGCAAAGCAUUGCAAAGUUUAUUACUUGUGACAUGCUUGAUGCUUCAUAUUGGACAGGGAUCAAGAGAGACCCUACAGAGGUUUGUAAAGUUGUUACUGAGUUUGUUGAUAAGUUAAACAAGGACACCAAAUAUCCUGAAUUCGGUGAGGUAAAGCUUUUGAAUGAAUUGUUCCUUCCACAUGAUGGCACUUAA